CCCUAACUCUGAUGAAACGUGACUCGUGGGAACGCGAACGCUGGAGCCGAAUGGAACGAAACUGGCGGGGCGCAUCACACAAAAGUCUCUCAAUAAAUCAAGAGACACCAAGUAAGUCUUCAGUUGGAGGAAGCAGCAACCGGAAUGCUGUACAACCCAGGCCACAAGAGAUGCACUCACAGCCUAGUGUAGUGGUUCGUCAUUGUUACCCAUUGAAACCGCUUUGGAGUUGACAGGACGUUUGCUGUUGGUUUGAGCUUGAAUGAGGUAUUAAGUUAAUAGCAGGAAGCACUGGGUCUCUUUCUUCGGUAGCACGAUGAAACAUUCCAAGAAGAAGCGAGAGACUGGCUUUGGCAGAGGACUAUUAUCCGUGAUGCUGCUAAUUGCACUUUUGGUGGUGUCAACCCCACGGUUGCCCUUCUUAUCGUCCAAACCAUUAGAAGGACACCGACUGCAACAACAAGGACGACGAAGGACUGCCGCAAAUAAUAAUGGUACUGAGGAUGAAUGGCAAGCUGAAAAGUGGCAUCCAGAAAAGAGUGACGUGGACUGCGAGAGCUAUUGGGAAGAGCACGGCAGCGACUCGAGUCUGCUCCUCCUCCAAGACGUUGAUUUGCCCUGUCGGGGACAAAUACCUGUACAAGGUGACAACAACAAUAAUGCCGAAAUGUUGAACAUUCCUCCCAACGUGGUGACAAUCAACAUUAGCCUCGCUCUGGACCAUUUACACUUUUCCAAUGGCAUUCCUCGGCGGCUGACAUCGGCUGUUCAAGAGUAUCUCAAUGCCACCAAUGUCACACUGACGUUUCUGCAAGAAGAGUACCAUGAUGGACGACAUUUUGUCAUUCAACUGUAUCAACCGCCGUCGCAGUGGAUCAACCGAAACUUGAUGGAACAACAACAAGACAACCGCGAUGCAACCUCCGUUUUUCAAGGAGAAGAUGAUGAUUCUAUUGAAGAACUCACCCUCACAGCAAUAUCCUCUCUCAAAGGGUAUCUGGUGGAUUAUGCUCCCAACACAAAGUUUGCUUGGUAUUAUCACAUUGUCUAUCUCACGGUACAGGAGCAGCUCAAUGCUACCAAUCAACAAUCCACAAACACUCUACUAACACCCGUCGAGGAUGAGCGACUCAUGGAGUGGUUGCAAGCGGAAUUGGAAGGAAUCGUUCAUGAUGAUAUUUGGUUGCAAGGACCGCUAGUAGGACCGUACUAUGAUACCAAUAAUUUUGAUCCGCAAGACAAUAAUGAAUGGAGACAAAUCUCCUUUCUGGAAUGGACACUUCAAGAGGACGGAAUUCCAAUUGGGGGUGUGGCCAUUCCUGGAGAGGAAGAUUUUGAUUUGCAAUACACGUACUACAGCGACAAUGCACUAUUUGAUGCAAUGGAUGUUUAUCAGGAUGCAGAGGAUGGAACUGCUUAUGUGUUUGACAUGCCCGUGGGUGGAGGACUGCCAGAAUCGGGGUCUCCGCCGCCACCGGAACCGGGUGAAAUGGCGGAAUCGAGUGUGUAUAUUGAUGGAGAGAGUGAAGAGACUGAACCAGCAACAGCCAUGCCCAUUGAAAUUCACGACAGAGAAAAGGAUACGACAAAGGAUGAUCGAAUCUACGUCCAGCCACUCUCCACAUCCUUUACCCCACGACAAUGGUGGGGUUUGGCAGGACUCUUGUCGACCCUUGUUUUGACCGCGACGUUGGCAUUGGUGGCCGGUGUUUUGGCCAAACAACGAGAUCAAGACGAGUUAUGGGGAAACCCACAAGAGGACAUUGACUACCUCAAUGUGGGAUGGAGAUUUGGCAGGGCAGAUCCUGCGAUCGUCAACAACAAUCAAGGGGAUGAUGGUGAUGACAAGGACUCCAACGGCAAACACCAGGGUAUUCCGGAAAAUUACAUGAUGAUGGAAGUAUUCGACAAGAGAGGUCUGGGCUAUCGAGAGGGGAGCUCGCUCUUAAUGGGAGGCUACGAAUACAAAUCCAAAACCAUCUUACAUAAUGGACCAGCAGACGUUUCUGCUGUUCCUCAACCACCAAGACACAAUCGGUCGUAUAAGACGGAUCCUUCAGUCACUCCCUUUGGAUGAGCUUAGACAAGUCAAGAAGAGCAUAGAUCCAGCUAGACACAGGAGGAAUUUCGGGACUGAGGCCUCCACUUUCAGGCUCUGUUCAGCUUCGCCAACAAUACCGUAUGCCCACCACAUAUAUGUGUACAUGCGCUAUCUGCAGACUUGAAGCUGUGUGGCUCUGAGGCAGCAACGAGGCACCCAGAGAUAUCAGUGAUACCAGUAGGCAGAGACCAAAGGGCUCCCUGAGAGAAGGAAACGUACUGGCUAAACCCUGCUUCCAACACUGCAAGAACAUCAGCAAAAAUCAAGCAGAGACUAACAGUACCACCUCUAGUUAUUUUCUUUCCAACCUAUCCCGACUACCUAACCUGUCCUGACCAUAGGCCACCAUCUACUCUAGACUACAAGCUAAAGAUACAUAGCUACCGGUAGCUAGCUAGUAGCUUGCGUCGCUUUGUCCGUGAGGUUUCCUCGCGACUUAAUGAUGGGGGUUUCAAAGGGGGUUAGUUAAAACAUUUUUUGGCAGGGCUCCACUAUGAAAACAUCAGUGGCAGGACCAAUUUUUCAAUCAGGUAUACGGAGGCUUUUCAGCAGGUUGGCAAGGCCAUGUUAACAGAGGCUCCUAUUACAUUUUACAAACAACAACGUAGAUGAGACAAAUACGAAAACACCAGCUGUGAAAAAGCUACGAGGAGAAAAUGAGAUGGGGUGAUCUACACCCGGUAUCUACAC